AUGGAAGUCGACUUUGUGAGCGAGCAGCGUCGGAACAGGAGUGGUCUUCUGUUCGACAAGGGGGGGGAAUCGGCAGGUGAAGUGCCAGGUGAAGCGGCGGGUGAAGAGGCAGGUGAAGAGCCCAGUGAAGAGGUGGAAAAACCGCCAGAAGAAUCGAUCAUACCAGAAGGAGUAGACGAGUGCUUCGUUCGGGGCGAUGGCGAAAAGGACUGCGCGGAGAGGAAGCCCCCCCGGGAUCCAGACGCUAGUGAAUCGGACUGCUCCCCAACCGAGAUGCCAAUUUGCGAGAAAGAGCAACUCGGGGUAAACCUAAGCGGAGAUGAACUGAGUGGAGUAAAACUAAAAGUUGAAGACAGUGAGAAGACAGGGGAAGAGGCAGCGUGCACAGGGAAGAAUCUCCAUGGAGGAGAAAACGAAUUACCACAGUUAAAUGAACCUGAAAUUAAAGGGGUGGACACCAUUUCGGAAAGGCACACAAACCAGAGCAGACGCGUAACCCCAAACAGACAAGGCAAAACGGAGAGAAUCAACCAAUUGUACAGGAACUCCAAAACUACCAACAUAAAAUUAUAUAGACGUAUGUACCAGUCAUACCUACUUCUCCGGAAGGAACAAAACGAGCUCUUGGUUGAAAAUAGGAGAAAAGAGGAAAGAAAUAUGAAGUUAAAAUACGAAUUGGAUAGCUUAAGGGGCAACAGCUAUUAUGCUAACUGUUUUUUUAAUAAUGACUCAGACAACCUUUUCGAGGACCUCGCUUCAGGGAUAAGUAACAUUUGGAAGUGGAUGGACAUGGAGAGUAAAAGUGGGCAGAUGAGAAGUGGGCAGGUCAGAAGUGGGCACAUGGAAAGCGGGCGAAAGGGUAAAGUUGGACCAGCCGCACUUGCUGAUGACUCUGAGGGAGUGCCACCCCCUAGAGAAGGCGAACCAGGAAGAGAUGCUCACCGUGCAGGAGUGGACGGAACCUCGGAAAGUGGACGCCUCCCAGAGGAACACACCCCUAGUAGGGCCCCUCUUGGGGGGAAGCCACUCCGAGGAGGGGCCCCCCAAGCGGAAUGGGAAGCGGUACACAACGAGGUACACAAACCUGAAUACAGAGCACAAUACAAAGAGAAAUACGCUGGAGAUCCCACGUGCGAAUACGCUAAUGCGCCAGGUCGGACUUCCCCUCGGAGGGGUGUCGCCUCGAGUCAGGACCGCCCUGAUGAACACUCAGAAGGAUAUGAACCGACGAGUGAUGCCCCCUCAAAUGGGGUACAACUGGAGGAAGUACAUCUGAAGGGAGUACAACAAAAGGGAGUACAACAAAAGGGAGUACAUCUGAAUGCAGUACAGAUGAAUGGGGGCAGAUGCCCGAUGGAGAAUGGACACAGGAGAAACACGAGUGAGGUUCGAAUGGACAGUCCAUCUCGUAUUAAUGAGAAAGAGGCGACUCGAACGAUGAAGGGAAUCCCCCCUCAUGAGAGGAAGACCCAACAGGGAGCUACGCACAAUGGUGGGCAAAAAAAAAGAGUCCAUUUCGUAAAGGAAGGCUAUAAACAUACCGAUAAAAAUGAUCGAAACGAGGUUACCCUCCCCCCUUCGCACAACUUCUCUUCGCAAGACGACAAAAUGGAGAAAAAAAACUCAUUCCUUUGGGAAAAGGAGAGUCGCCCAGUAAAAAAAGGAUGUGUGAAGUAUGCUCAUCAGAUGCACAAGCGAUUUGCAUACCAGGAUAGGAGUUCUCCACGAGUGGACAGAGAACCCAGUGCGUUCACGUCCAUAGAGAGCCCCAAGGAUAACAUUAUUGAUUACAUUAAAGGGAGACUCUCCAGCGGCGGUAUGAUCCACGGGAAGGCAUCUCUACCAAGUGGCAAAAACACAGUGAUGGGUAUCCAUCCCAGUUGGAUAAGACCCAAUGUUGAUCCAAACAGGAUACAUAUUAAGGAGGAGGAGAACUUUCUCUUUCACAUUUGUAACUGCAAAGGGGAUAAAUACGUCCCCUUAAACGUUGGUUCCUUUUUUAUGGUCUCUCCAAAGAGGACUCGGCCAGAUGAGGAAUUCAGCUUGGGGACUCUGCAGAAAUGUAUGGACUUUAUUUUUCGCAGGAAGGAGAGGAGCAACCACAGCGAGGUGCGCAUCAGACACAAAAAGUGUAGUGACGUCCCAUGUGAGGGUGUCCCUCUAGCGAAUGGAACUGCAAAUGUGGGUGCAUUGAAUGAGGAGAAGCGGUGUGUCCCCCGGAAGGAUCAAGGGGGGGUUGGCAAAGAAGAAAAGAAGGAUCCAUCCCCCGUUGGACAAAGUAACGGUGAGCAAGACAAAAAAAAAACACGACUUCUAACCAAGGUGGCAUUAAAAGAGGGAGAUAAAACUGGAGGUUUGCAGGAAGGGGAAGAAAAACAAGUUCUGAAAAAGGGGCAGAGUGGACGGAAGCUCCUCCUAAAGAUAGACAGGAAUAGAAGGCCUAACGAAGGGAGGACACUCCAAAACUGCCAACUGAAGGGAAAGAAGGAGACAAAAUAUAAUAGGCACAAAAUGGACAUGGGUCUAGGCAGGAAAUUUGGUCAUAUAGUGAGAAGAAAGGGAUCAACGCGGAGAAGGGACUCCUGGGGGGGACUCAAUUUUAAAGUAGUCCCAAAAAAGGAAGAAAAAGGAGGGGAAAUUUCCUCCCCUGUGGUGAAGGUAAGGGCAGCUAGGUUGGCUCCUCACGUGAAGGGUCGUCCACGGCAUGUGUGUUUCGCGCGAAUCGGCAGAAGGCUUUUCCAUCCCAAAAGAAGCCGACGUGCAUGUAUUCGUUUUGAAGAGGUCCCAAAGGGGAAAAAAAACCGAACUCGUGGAAAGGGAAACCUCAUCGAGUUAGCGCCAAAGCUGUGCGAUAACUUGGGUACCUACGGAAGGUCUAGCGAAGAAGGUGACGAUGUGGUCAUCCGAAAGGCUAACCAAGAACGUGAAGAUAUGAUCAUUCGGAAGGCUAACGAAGAAGGUGACGCUGUGCCCAUCGGAAAGGAAGAUAACUUGAAGGAAGGGGACACUCCGGAGAGGCAUGCAGCGAACUCUCAAUGCAGUGCGAUCACUCCAGAACGGUACAAUGCCUCCUUAAGACCAUUCACAGAUAGCACACCACCUGGAUGCCUCCAACGUGAGAACGACUCAGUAGCGAAUCGCGACGCUCUUACGGAGGCACUGACGAAGCAUGUGCAGUCUCUCGAUUUUUCCGCCAGACAGAUCGACUGUAUUGAGGAAGAAAACCUCGACGUAGUGACCAUCAUAGGAAUACAAAUCAAAGUCAGAGAUGGACACAUAUACCUACACCUGGACGCACUAAGUACCAUUGAAGAUACUGUCACUGUGUGGAUAAAAAAAAACGAGCAAGUCCUAAACAACUAUGUAAAAGGCAGCGAGUUAAUUUUGUCGACGUUGGAAUAUUACUGCGUCGAUAUGUUCACUUUCUUGUGUAUUUUUUUGGACCUCCUGGAAAACCAUGUGGAAGAGUUCCCUUUUUACCUGUCCGUUUCGCUGGAGGAGAUAUUCUGUGUGCAGAGGGACUGCUGA